UGUACGUAGACCAUUUUUAGGCGGUCCUAUACUGAAUUUUAUUCACAUAGAAUGAAGUUUUAUAUAAGUAUCGACUUUAUAAAAGACAUUGUGAUCACAGUCAGCAUAUGAUGUUUGACGUCUAUUGGCUUUGAUUUGACGUUACGUUACUUGUGUGCUAAUAUAAUCAUUUAUUUUUUUUUUUUUUUGAGAAACAGUAUAAUCAAUAAUUUCAUAUGUUAUAUCAUGCAAUCUCGUAAACACUUUAGGAACACCAUUCCGUUAAUAAUUCAACCAAAAGCACACUGCUAGAGUGUAAAUCACUAAUGUAUGGCUACUAAAACGAUCUAAUUUAUUUAGGAACACGGUAAUAACAUACAAAAAUGAAAUGAAAUGAAAACUUUAGUUUUUGAUAGGAAAUAAAUGAUCGGAAAAUCUAAUUUUUUAUUAACCAAUCAGAAGCGAAUGCGGGCAUGACGUGGCAGUCUAGAUAUUCAGGUAGCUUACGUAAUUAAAAAAGGGAGGCAAAUAAAUUGAUCGUUUAUUCGCUUCUCUCUCUACUGAUAACAGUAGUUUCCCGCUCUCAUCUUUUUUCCCCAAUUCUCGAGUUUCUAGGUUUUUGUGUAUUCGCGUGUUCAAUGGAGGAAUCAACGACGGAAUCAACGGCAGCAAACGCCGAUACUCUGAAGGUGGAGCUAAAGAAGCUACUGACGGAGAUUUUGUCCAACGGAGGAGGAGAAACCGAGAGUGACGGAAGUUCUGGAGUCUUGAAAGCAAUUGACGAGGCGAUUAGACUCCUGAAUCGUCUUAGAGAAGUUGAAUCGAAGAAGCCUGAAUCUGACAUCCCAUCUUCUUCGUCUUCUGAAUCGCCGAAGGUGGAAGUGCCGAAAGAGUUCAAAUGUAUACUCUCGAAUGCGAUCAUGAUCGAUCCUGUAACCAUCGCCUCUGGGAAUACCUUUGAGAAAAGAUACAUCACAGAGUAUCUGAAGCAUGAAGAUAAAUGUCCCAAAAGCGAGGAAGUCCUCUCUCACUCUUUGUGUACACCCAACCAUUUGCUCGAUGAGGUGAUUACCAAGUGGUGUCUAGCCAACGGACAUGAUCGUCCAAAACCAGCUGAUGAAGUGGUCACUGAGCUGUCCAACGAUGGAAUAGAGUCGUUGCUUCAAAGGAUCUCUUCUCCCUCCUCAGAUGAAGAUCAGAUUCAAGCUGCAAAGGAGAUACGUUGCCAGACCCAUAAGUUUCCAAAUGUAAGAAAUCGCUUUGUCGCUCUACACCCUGGAGGGAUCACCGACUUGAUCCGUCCGCUGUCUGAGGGAUCCACGAUACCGGAGCUUGAAGAGAAUAUCAUCACAGCAUUGUUCAACAUCUCGAUUGUUAUGGAGAAUGUAGAAGCAAUUGCCCAAACGGAUAAGGUGAUCUCAUUGCUCAGAACGUCUCUGACAUGUGGGACAAUGGAGACACAAAGAAACUCUGCUUUGACGUUACUGUCGCUCUUAGCUAUUGCUUCUAACAAGGUAAUCAUAGGGGACAUCUCAACAUUCACGGCUUUGGGAGAGCUUAUUGGUAGAGGUGAUCCGGUAACCUCCUUGGUAGCCGGUGCCGUGGUCUAUCACCUCUGUCAAGAAUCGGAGUACAGGGAAGCGGCGAUUUCUGCGCGUGUGGUGAAUGCGCUAAUGAGGAAGAUCAAAGCAGAAAGAUAUGCGGCUCAGUUUUUAAGUGUCUUGGUAUUACUUACUACACACGAGCGUGGGGUUAAAGAAAUGAAGGAGAGUCGAGAGUUUAUGUGACAUUUGUUCCGUAUCUUGAGGAAACGGAAUUGCUUAGAGUCUUGCGAGAACGCUGUAGUGAUCGUCCUCAACAUGUGCAACCUGGCCACGCCUUACGGUAGACUGGGAGUAGUCAAUCUAGAGGAGAAUGACUACGCGACAUUUUCAACGCUUACGAAGGAACGAUCAUCAGAGAGUCUAGUCAAAAAUGCGGAGAUGGUUUUACAGUGGCUCAAGGUACACGGUACAGGUAAAAAGCAAAAGCGAUAGAAUGAAAGGGUUACGAAACUCAGGGUCUUGUUGAUACUUAGAAGAUAGUUUUGCAGAGUUACUCUUUGAUACAUAUAUAUACCGAUUCAAAAUGUACAAAGUUUAUAAAGAUAGAAGGAAAAAACUGUACUGUUACUCUUAAGAAUGAAAUGUACAGGCAUAAAGAGGGCCUGAGUUUUUGCUACUCUUAAUUCAUCUUAAUGUUGUUGUUUCUGAUUCAUAUUCCGGUUAGUGCCACGAUCAAAGAUAGAUAGAUAGCUUUAAAGGAUUAGAGAAGCAGGGAUUGUGUAGUAAUAAAUGUCUAGUUCACAUGCUUUUUUUUAACAACAAUCUAGUUAAAUACAUGCUAAACAUGUAUAAUAACCUCUAUAAAUUGAUCACUAGUCUAUAUAGUGUGUGAACAUGUCUAGACUAUCCAAGUAUCUAAGUGUAGGGUUGUUUGGUUCGUUUAGGAAAGACUCACUCUCACGACUUGUUUGAGAG